CUGAAUACUGAACAAUCUAAAAAUAGCCUCUGAUUCCCUCGCUGGAAUCCAACCUGUUGAUAAGUGAUGGGGGUUUAGAAGUAGCAAAGAGCACCCACAUUCAAAAGUCACAGAACUGGAAAGUUAAUUCAUAUUAUUUGGUUUGUACUGAAACGGAAGGUAUCUUUGAUGUGUAUGGUUGGUUAUUGGGAGGGAAAAUUUUUGUAAAUUAGAUUGUCUAAAAAAAUAGUUAUUCUGAUUAUAUUUUUGUUAUUUGGGCAAAGUAGAAGUCAAGGGGUAAAAACCCUACUAUUUAAUUCUGAUUUUUGCACAAGUUUUAGUGGAAAAUAAAAUCACACUCUACAGUAGGUAAUUUAUUGUAUAAAGACAUUACCCCACGAUAUGGCUUUAUUAGGGACUUUUUUUUUUUUUUUUGAGACGGAGUUUCACUCUUGUUGCCCAGGCUGGAGUGCAGUGGUGCGAUCUCAGCUCACGGCAACCUCCGCCUCCCGGGUUCAAGAGAUUCUCCUGCCUCAGCCUCAUGAGUAGCUAGGAUUACAGGUAUGUGCCACCACACCCAGCUAAUUUUGUAUUUUUAGUAGAGACGGGGUUUCUCCAUGUUGGUCAGGCUGGUCUUGAACUCUCAACCUCAGGUGAUCUGCCUGCCUCGGCCUCCCAAAGUGCUGAGAUUACAGGCAUGAGCCACCGCACCCGGCUUACUGGGGGCUUUUUAACCUUGUUUGGCUACAUUACCUCAGUGAACAAGGGGCAGCUCACAACAGGAACUCACACAAAGGAAGAGAACAGUACCAACAAGGUAGAACAUCACGAUGAGAAGAAAGAAUGAUGCAAAUAUGUGGACCCCCAGGAUACACACAGCUGCCUAAAAUUUAGCUCUGGCCCCCUUAGAUGGGGGAAGUCAACAGUGAAGUGUUUCUCAACAUCACAAAGGCAGAAGCAUAUGGUUCUUGUGGGGCCUGCCAACCGUUCCCAGAUGCUGAACUCUGCUGGGAGUUUUUUCCAUGGGACUUUAACAAAUGAUGCCCUUAUGUUGGGCCAGACCUCUGUUAACUUCAGUAGGGAUGGCACCAGGUUCAAGAGGCCAAAGAAGAGACCUGGAGCUAGUGAAGGAAACAUAGGGUUUAUUUGGGGAACCUUACAGGGUGGUCCAGUGGCCGCGGGCUGGACAGAACUGCAACCACUUAUAAAAAGCAUGCAGUUUACAUAGCACUUUCACUCAGCACCCUCGCCUCAGCAACCUCCACGUGGCAACCCUCAUUUCUUAAGUUAUUGCUGUCAGAUGCAUCUGCCAUAUAGGGUCAUUCUCAGGAGAUGCUUAAGUUAUUUCUGUCAGGUACAUCUUCCAUACACUUUACUACCUUGGAGUAAAGUAGUAAGAAUACAGCUUUUUCCUUAACCUUUACCAGCUAACUCAGUGCUUAGGGGCCUUGGAAUGCCUGCUGUCCAGCAAGUGUCACAGGCCUGACUGGGAGGCAUGGCCAUUAUCAACAGUGUAUGAAGGUCACAUAUGGCUCCCUGAAGUGAUUACAUACUUGGACCACAUCACCUCAGCCCCUUGCAAAAUUGCAUUUAAUGUUACACCCUUGGCUUUUGUAGAAACAGGCAACAAGACACUGUCAUAUAAAACUUUGUACUGCAUUGCAAGGCAUAACCUUUAAUAAAUCCCAGUGGUCCUUUGUGUGGGGAACGGGGAUGCUCAUAGCCUAUGGGGCAGCUGGAGAACCAGUUAGGGACCCUGAGGGCUCGAUUUACACUUUACAUGGGUGGGCCAAGGAGUUUACACUGAGGGCACUGGUAAUACCUGUAAUAGUCUUAUAGUACUUAUAAAGCAGUUUUGCACAUAAAAUACCAUCAUGCACUUAUAAGAAGGUUGUUCCUGGGCUGCUCCAAGUUAACUUUAUUCAUUUUCCUAGUGUUAGCACAGUGUCUCAGGGAGUCUGAUUAUAUUUUUGAUUUGUAAUUUCUAUCUGACUAAGGCCUAGAGAUUUCAAAACUGUUCUUUGCAAUUCCUCUCAUACUGAACCUCUGGUUCAGCAGCUUUUUUUGUUGUUGUUGUUUUCGAGUUUUAUCUUGUUUGUUCCUAUUUGGUUUUGUCGUUUUUAAAUUGGGAAUUGCUUCUAAAACAGAAGACAUGAAAAGAGAAUUAAAAAUACAAUAUAUGUGUAAGAUAGAAUUAUUCAACUUAGCAUUUAUUAAACAUCUACCAGAUGAUAGACAUUAGAAAUAAAAUGACUAGCAAGACCUGGCCCUUCCCCUCAGGGGUUCACAGAAUGGCUGGAGCAACUGUCAUAUAAGCUGUUAUGCAGUGCAGAAACUACACAGACAUUUGUGCGGGUUCAGACCAGCGCAAUUAGAGAUGGGCAGAGUGGGAUGGGGUAGGGGUAAGGUGCUUGAAAUUUGCCUGGGUGGGAAUUUUUGAAGUAUAAAAAGGACUUCUACUAGGGGGGCUGCGGCAGUAGAGGGAAGAGCACGGUCGGUACAAAUGCAUGGCAGGUGUGAAACAGUUUGAUUUGUUCAAAGAAUGAUGAAUCAUUUAGUGUUGUAUAAUGGAUGGGAGGAGAGAAACACAGCGAUCACAAAGGGCCAUGUUUGCCAAGAAAUAAAAUAUACUUGGAAAAAAAGUACGUAUGUGUAUAUACCACAAAACUCGGGUGCAUUCUCUAGGGACCGGCGAAGCCAUUCUUUCAGGAGAUUUGCUCAGCAUUUGCCAGGGGCCAGCUGCUGUUCCAGGUCGUGGGUUAGGGCCGGCACCAGGAAGGGCGCCCCUCCCACAGGGCCGACAUCCUAACCGGCGUCGCUGCGGCCGCGGAGCUGGGAAGGCCGAGGGCGCCGGGCACGUCUGUGCAGAUUUCUUUAGAGUCCAGGUCUGUCGCCCGCGUCUUCGUCGGUGGCAGCAGGGCUGACUGGCCACGGCGGCCAUCUGCUAGAGCGCAUUUCUUCCCAUGAAACGCCACCUCCUCCGAAGUGCGGAGCGAACGCAGCCAAAUCUACACAAAGACUGACAAGCUGGAUCCACUCGACGGAACCCAGGGCCAAAAAACGGCGGCGAGUAGCGCCUCGGGCCCGCGAUUACCGGUUUUCUGAGCACCGGACAGCGUGAGCCGUGCCAGCCCUGUCUCGCCAUCCCAGCCGAGGAGGGCAGCGCGAUGGCUCUUCCCUGCCUUGAAAUCAACCCCAUUGCCAGCCGCUUUCGCCGGCAGAGCAUUUUCCGUGGGGUCCAUCCGGCUCCACGGCGCCCUGCGCUGGCCACGUGCAAAGAAACAUGCCCGCUGCCCACAGGCCACGCCCUUCCUCGCUUCGCGCAUGCGCCCCACCCGUCCUGAGGCCCUCCGAACCUGCAGGGGGCGAUGAAAGUAGGCUUGUCCUCCGCUUGUAGCUCCUUCCGGGUCAGAGGUCAGACGGUCUAGCGCUGCGUGGGCCAUGGUGCAGCUCCGACCGCGCGCGUCUCGCGCCCCGGCGUCGGCGGAGGCGAUGGUGGACGAGGGCCAGCUGGCCUCGGAGGAGGAGGAGGCGGAGCACGGGCUGUUGCUCGGGCAGCCCAGCAGCGGCGCGGCCGCCGAGCCCCUGGAGGAAGACGAGGAAGGGGACGAUGAGUUUGACGAUGAGGCCCCGGAGGAGCUGACUUUCGCCAGCGCCCAGGCGGAAGCGAGAGAAGAGGAGCGGCGAGUGCGGGAGACCGUGCGCAGGGAUAAAACGCUCCUGAAGGAGAAGAGGAAGCGACGCGAGGAGCUGUUCAUCGAACAGAAGAAAAGAAAGCUGCUUCCAGACACUAUUUUAGAGAAGUUAACCACAGCUUCACAGACUAACAUCAAGAAAUCGCCAGGAAAGGUGAAAGAAGUUAAUUUGCAAAAGAAAAAUGAAGACUGUGAAAAAGGAAAUGACUCCAAGAAAGUUAAAGUACAAAAAGUACAGUCUGUCAGCCAGAAUAAAAGCUACUUGGCCGUAAGGCUAAAAGACCAAGAUCUGAGAGAUUCAAGGCAACAAGCAGCACAAGCCUUCAUACAUAAUUCAUUAUAUGGGCCAGGAACCAACAGGACUACUGUAAAUAAGUUCCUGUCUCUUGCCAACAAGAGGUUACCAGUGAAAAGAGCUGCUGUCAAGUUUUUGAAUAAUGCUUGGGGAAUCCAGAAAAAACAAAAUGCCAAGAGGUUUAAAAGACGGUGGAUGGUCAGAAAGAUGAAAACUAAGAAGUAAAUCAAUGCUAAAUGAAGAAUCUGUACUUUGUAUGUAUAGAAUUUAUCUAAUAAAUCAUUCAUAGAUCA